CUACAUCUCUCAGAACGAGAUAUUCUCAUAGCAGUGGGAUCUACUCAGAUCUAUCUGUGGAAAUGCCCCCCAAAAAGCUGCCACCGCGAGCGGCAUCGCAGCAGAAACCACAAACACCACAGCCACAGCAGAAGGCGAAACCACAACCACAACCACUGAAUAAACCCUCCAGUGCACCAAAACCUCAACCCAAGAAUGCAUCUUCCCCUCCCACAGCACAACCGGCCAUUCCAGAGCAUGAGAUCAAGCAAAGCUCCUCCAUGAGCGCCCAGCUCGCCCUCGAAGCCGCAAAGAAAGCCUACGAACUCCGUCAAGCAGCGUAUGGGGCUGGUGAUCCUAAUGCACGCGAAGAAAUAUUGGCCAAAGCGGUCAACAAGGAAAUCGAGGCCGAGACCUUUGGCAAAGCCGCAAAAUAUACUCGCUCCGGGGCGUUUCAGGGUCUUGCAGCCGGUGCUGGUCUCGGUGUCCAACCCGGUGUGACUCUGGGGAAAUUGACUGGAGCUCUUGUUGGGGGCGUGUUGGCUUCAGCGGGCGCAGUGCUAGGUGGUGGCAUUGGAUCCGCGUACGGGGCCAUUAGUGGUCCUUUCUGGGAUUUGGGUCAGAUGGCAAGUCGCGGUGUCAGAAGUAUAGUUGGCGAUUUCCCCAAUUGGGAGGCGACAUCCAGCCAGAAAAAGGCACUAGAGAAGAUGGUGAUCGGGGCACAGCAGACUGAGGCUCCUAGUCAACAAGAGCUAGAGGAGAUGAGGGAUGAUGACGGUGGACUCGGCCAGGAGGACUAUCAGCAGUGGGCCACCGACCUGACAAGCUAUCUCCCAAACAUGCCGUCGAUGCCAUCCAUGCCUUCAGUGCCUUCACUGCCGUCGAUGCCAGGACUUUGGGGACAGUCAAAAUCGAAUGAUCCUCCUCAGCGCCCAGAUCAGUCAAAGAACGCGUCGACAUCAAAACAAACCCAACCAUCCAGACCGCCAUCAAAGCCUCCAGCGCCUCCAAAACAGCAAGCAGCCUCUCCCAAGCCCAGUCAGCCCAAGAAGAAGCCAGCUAAACUGGAGCCCAGAUCAACAGGGCUGACUUCGCCAUCGAAUCCAUCAGCCGCUCGAAGAAAACCACCCAAAUUGGAGACAAGGUCCAAACCUGCGACAGUCAAUGCAUGAAUCAGCCAUCGAAAGCGGUAGUAUAGUAAGUGCUUGGAUUAUUCCCCGAAUUUUGCUGUUGGGCGGUCAAGCCGUGGGGUGGGAAAACUGCUCGCACCUCAUGUGGAGGCUCAUCUCAGACGCCACCGCUUUUACAGCGGAUGAGAGUGGCGAUAGGUUGAGGUAUUC